AUGGAACAAACUCCAGUAUUUACAUGUCAGCGUUGUAAACAUACCCUAAGAAUUGACGACACACUUACCGAUCUUGGUUCAACCUCAAUUGAUAUCUUACUAGCACCACUUUCUGAAGAGGUCGUUCGUACACCAAGCUCAUCGACAACAGACCGACGAUCUGAAACUGCAGAAAUUAAUGGAAGCUCUAAGCAAACGAUUUCUAAUAACAACCAGAAUGGGAUUUCUGUACCAAAUAAACGAUCAGGAUCAAAGAAUUUUGAAUUAUCUCGAUCUCCGAACAGGGAGAUUAGCACUAAAGAAUCUUUCUUGUUACCAUCAGAGUCCUAUGUAAUGUUAUCUCGUUCGCAAGUGACACAGCCUCUGAACAACCAAGUAUCAUCGGAGCAUGGUACCAUAGACGCGAACAAUGAUGACAGGCAAAGAGCUAGUCUUAGCUAUAGACUUAAAGUCACCAACCGUCUUUUUGAUCUUAUGUCAUCUAGAUCCGAAAUAGAUCAUCCCAUGUGUCAAGAAUGCACUGAUAUGCUUUUGGAUAGUUUAAGUAAACAAUUGUCUGAUGCAUCCAGAGAAAGAGAUUGUUAUAUAGAUUUUUUAAAGAAAGUUAAUGUCAGUGUUAUAAGUGACGCUGAACAGGAAAGCUUACAAAAAGAAAUUCAAGAGAUACGAUCCAGUGAACUAGCUGCUAUUAAAACAUUAAAAGAAAUAGAAGCUGAACGUGAUACAUUGAAAAAAGAAUUGGCUGAAUUGGAAGAAGAGGCCAGAGAACUUGAUAAACUCGAAGAAAGCUACUGGCAGGAAUUUAAUGAUUUCCAUAUUCAACUACAAACUUUUCAAAAUGAGAGAGAUAGUGUCAAUUUGAAAUAUGAUCAUGAUGCAAAACAAUUAGAAAAACUUCAAAGGACCAAUGUAUAUAAUGACACUUUCUGUAUUAGUCAUGAUGGCCAUUUUGGAACUAUUAACGGUUUUAGACUUGGCCGUUUGCCAGACGUGACGGUUGAUUGGAAUGAAAUUAAUGCAGCCUGGGGACAAACGCUCUUAUUAUUGGCGACCAUUGCUAACAAACUUAACUUCACAUUCAAAAAUUAUCGAUUACUCCCGUUGGGUUCUUUUUCAAAGAUUGAACAUAUUGAUGGUGAAAAGAAAUCUACAUAUGAAUUGUAUGGCUCAGGUGAUGUAGCAUUAGGAAGAUUGUUUUUGAAUCGUCGUUUUGACCACGCAAUGGUGGCCUUUUUAAACUGUUUACAGCAGUUGGGUGAUUAUGCUGAACGUCAAGAAAAUAAUUUCAGAUUACCAUAUCGGAUUAAUAAAGAUAAAAUUGGUGACGCAUCAAUAAGACUACAAUUCAACCAAUUUGAAACCUGGACAAAAGCGCUCAAAUACACUCUUACGGAUACUAAAUGGAUCUUAGCAUACGCUUCAUCAACAA